AUUGGGACACCGUCGUGCACCUGACGCCACAAUGGACUAUCCGAUGUAUGGGUUGCUGGUUGGGUUCUCUCUCUGGGGGACCCUCUGGCGUCUCCUCUUUCCUCUGGGCUUCUGGCCCACCUUCGCGUGUAGAGUAGGGCCCACUCGUGGUGGUACUUCCACCCAGCCAUACACGAAGGAGGAGGAGGAGAAGAUGGCCGCCAUCCUGCAGGAGAGAAAGGAGAAAAAGGAGGCCAAGAAGAAGGCCUUGAAAGAGGAACAGGCGGCCAAAUUGAAGAAGAUGGAAGAAGAGAUGGCCAGGGAGAAAGAGAGGCUGAAAAAGGAAGAAGAAGAGAAGUUGAAGGAGGUGGAUGAAGAAGAGGAAGGUCCGCCACUGCAAAAGAGUAGUGGGCAGCACAGUGGCAGCAAUGGUGGGGACCUGGAGAAGAGGAUAUCCGAAUGGGUUGCCAAUUUGUCUGUGGGAGAAGAGGAAGAAGUUAGUAUGUACAUCCCGCAAGAUCAGCAGGAGGCUGCCAUGAGGGCUUGGGAUGCAGAGAAAGAUCCCCUCAGACGACAGGCGUUGGAAGACGAGAAGAGGAUGGAGUGGAAAUUAGCAGUGAUGAGGGAGAAGAAGAGGAGAGUUGACAGGGCAGCGGAGGCGGCGGAAGAAUUAGAGGAGGUGAAAAAGCUAGAGGAGCAAGUAGCCGCCCAGACUGAACUCCCAGCCCAGAUGAGUCAACAUAUCGCUGUGCGUUCAAUAAAGUUGGGCUUUCGGGACUUCGCUCGUGAGUUGGUAGGCAUUGUUGGAGCCGAGGUGGGUCACCGCCUCGACAAGACCGAACGGUUCUAUGCUGGCGCCAUUGAGGGCGUCAAGGCGGCAGCCCCCAAGGAGGAGGAAGCACGUCCUCCUCGCCGGGAACCGGUCAAGGUCAAAUUCCCUGAUUCCUACGGUGGAAAAAGGGAAGAGAACUUUGACAACUGGGAGGCCAACGUUAAGACCUAUGUGCAUUUGCAACAGGUCUCUCCGGAUCAGCAAGUUCUAAUUGCGAUCCACGCGCUUAGAGAUGAGGCCGCCAGCUUCGCAAGGUCCAUAGUCCGCGCUGCCAACUAUAGUGAUGAUCCGGUUGCGUACUCCUCGUUCACGUCCCUCACCGAAUUCCUGAAAUUGCUGCGCGAGCGAUUCGCAGACGUCGCUCACAGUGUUAAGGCCUCAGACAAGCUCCAAACCAUCCAUUCUCGUAAAUGGAAGAGUGCUAGGGCACUCAAGGGUACAAUGGAUGAGUUGGUGGCCGUCCCUGACCACGAGGUCACAGAGGGCCAGUUGGUCAACCUCUUUUAUCGGGCUAUGCCCGAAGCCUUUCGAGGGCAGUUCUUCGCGAAGAGCGAAGAUCCUGCCACCACUUACGAUUCCCUUAGCCGUGAAGUGGUGGCUUUUGAAGCGAAGUCCGUGUCCCUGUCUACCUUCUGGCACAAGGACUUGGACAGGGGAAAGCAAUGGAAAGGCCGCACUAUCUCAGGGCAGGUAAAGACUAAGGACAGCCUUGUCCUGACUUUAGAUGAAGGUAGUGUGGAUGAGAUCCCCUACGAUCAGAUUGAGUGGGGGCUAGAGGAGGAGGACAGCGGUGUGGGCCAGGGGAGAUCCUACGCUGCUGUCGCGGCUAGAGGGAGGCCGCAAGGAGGAAGAGGCCAGGGCCAAGGGGGGCGGGCCUCAGGGAACCGGUUCCAGGGCGAUCAGGGGGUUGGCGGCAGAGGAGGAAACCGCCAAGCGGGAGGCAGGGGUCAAGGUCCCUCGCAAAACCGUCCUAGGAAUAGGUCUCCCUAUAGAGUAGGAGGAUGGCACCCAGGGCUACCGCAGGGCGUGGCCGAAGAAUUGAAGGAGAGGAUGCCCGCCUGGGCCAAGAUGAAGAAGGAGAAUAAAGGGCAACUUAUAUUGCUAGAUGCAGAGGUUUUUAGAAGUAGAGUAGGGGCCCUAGUAGACUCAGGGGCCACCCGCAGCUAUAUUAGUAAGAAAGCGCUGCAGAAGUUGAAGCUGGGACUUAAAGUCCAAGACCCUAUAGUUAGUAUCCUCGCGGACAAUCGCACUAUGGUUGUAGAGGAUUACGUAGAGGGAGUCCAAGCGUAUUUCCGCCUAGAGAAAGAUGGAAAAGUGGAAAAGAUUCUCCACUCCCCGACUCUCCUCGUAGAAGACAGCCUCCCCUUUGAUAUUGUUAUGGGAAUGGAUUGUGGAGAGGCAGUCGGGGCCACGCUCCAUUUGAAGGAGCACGAGUGUAGGCUCCCUAGUUCGUCAGGCGAGGCCAAGACUGCCCGUCUGUUCCAUGUGUCAGGGGUAGAGAAUUCCUUGGCGCAUUGCUGCCUUAGUGCCCCCGCAUUCGCCAGACUGGUGAAAAAGGAGAAGUUGGAGGAACAUGUUUUUGUUGCCUAUGUUAGGCCAGUGACUGAGCCUACGGAAGAAAGGCCAAUGGACCCUGCGAUUGCCAAGCUAUUGGAAGAGUUUAGAGAUUUGACUGAGCCGCCGACAGGCACGGUGCCGCGACCCAUUCAGCAUCGUAUUGAGAUAGAGCCUGGCAGUAGAACUCCUAAGGGUGCGGUGUACAGGAUGUCCCCGCGGGAGUUAGAGGAGCUUCGCAAGCAGUUAGACGAGCUCCUCGAGAAGGGUUGGAUUAGGCCCAGUUUGUCUCCUUUCGGAGCGCCUGUCCUCUUUGUUCCUAAGAAAGAGGGAGAGUUGAGAAUGUGCAUAGACUAUAGGGGUCUGAAUGCUAUUACCGUAAAGAAUGUUGAGCCACUGUCGAGGAUAGACGAUCUCUUAGAUCGAUUGCAGGGGGCCAAGUAUUUCUCUAAGAUAGAUUUAAAGUCCGGAUAUCAUCGGAUAGAAGUACAUCCUGAUGAUCAGUAUAAGACAGCCUUCCGGACUAGGUACGGGCAUUACGAGUUUAUAGUGAUGCCCUUUGGACUAACCAAUGCGCCAGCUACGUUCCAGCGCUGUAUGAAUGAUUUGUUUAGGCCGUGGUUACACAGAUUUGUUGUAGUUUACCUAGAUGAUAUUCUAGUGUUUAGCCGGACCCUCGAAGAGCAUCAGGGUCAUCUCAGGCAGGUCUUGGAGAAGCUGAGGGAAGCUAACUUCAAGAUCAAUGCAAAGAAGUGCGAUUGGGCGAAGACCCAAGUUUUGUAUCUAGGCCACGUCUUAGACGGAGACGGCGUCAAGCCGGAGGAUAGCAAGAUCGCAGCGAUUAGAGAUUGCCCCACGCCACGUACACUGACAGAGUUGCGCUCGUUCUUGGGCUUAGCUAAUUACUAUUCGUGAGGAACUUCUCUACCAUCGGUGCGCCCUUUCGCAGAUUUGCUGAGAAAGG